AUGACUUCACAAGUGCAAGAGAUACCUAAAUCUAUAGAACACGUUAAACAUAUAAUAUUAAUAUUAUCAGGGAAAGGAGGUGUUGGAAAAUCGUCAGUUACUACUCAGGUUGCUCUUACGUUAGUUAACAAAGGAUUUAAUGUUGGUGUAUUAGAUAUAGAUCUUACUGGACCUUCAUUACCACGUAUGUUUGGAGUAGAAAAGAAACAAGUUCUUCAAUCAACUCAAGGAUGGGUUCCAGUUUCAGUUUAUCAAGGAAAUGGUAAAACCCGUGGAAAUCUUUCACUUAUGUCAUUAGGAUUUUUAUUAGGAGAUCGUGGAAAUUCAGUUGCUUGGAGAGGACCUAAAAAAACUGCAAUGAUUAAACAAUUUUUAAAAGAUGUUGUAUGGGGGAAUUCUCAAAGACAAUUAGAUUAUUUAUUAAUUGAUACUCCUCCAGGUACUUCAGAUGAACAUAUUGCUAUUGCUGAAGAAUUAAGAUAUGCUACUCCAAUCGAUGGUGCAAUAAUUGUAACUACCCCUCAACAAGUCGCUACGGCUGAUGUUCGUAAAGAAAUUAAUUUUUGUAAAAAAGUUAAUUUUGAUAUUUUAGGAAUUGUUGAAAAUAUGUCAGGAUUCAUUUGUCCUCAUUGUGCUGAAUGUACUAAUAUAUUCUCAAGUGGAGGUGGGAAAGCAUUAAGUGAGCAAUUGAAUUUACCAUAUUUGGGUAAUGUGCCUAUCGAUCCUCAAUUUGUUGAGAUGGUUGAACUACAGGAAGAUAAAAAAGAUAAGAGGUUGAUUAAUUUAUAUGAUAAAAGUGAAUUAAAACCUAUAAUGAGUGACAUUGUUGAUAAAAUAUUAGAAAAGAAUUUACCUUCAAGGAUUUAA